CCAUCUGACGUCACAGACCCAGCCAAUCGAGCGUCGGCGUUGAUCUCCUCCACUGCGUCCUCACUCCCGUCCUUCUGCUGCUAACACGAACCUGAGGCUCCAGGAUGUUUUUAUCUUCUGCUCUCCGAGCUGCUGUUUCGCAGGGGGCCAGGCAGAUCAGGGGUCUGCAUCGGUCUGCUGCAAGAGCUGGAGCUGGAGGCAUCUUUGUGCAUAGAGAUACGCCUGACAACAAUGCUGACACUCCUUUCGAGUUCACAGCGGAGAACAAAAAGAGGAUUGAGGCAAUCCUUUCAAUGUAUCCCGAAGGACACAAGCAAGCAGCCACCAUCCCGGUCUUGGAUUUGGCCCAAAGGCAGCAUGGAUGGCUCCCCAUCUCUGCAAUGAACAAGGUUGCUGAGGUGCUGGGGGUGGCGCCAAUGCGAGUGUAUGAAGUGGCAACAUUUUAUACCAUGUUCCUCCGUCAGCCUGUGGGAAAAUACUUCAUUCAGAUCUGCACAACAACCCCCUGCAUGCUUUGCAACUCUGACAGCAUUCUGGAGACCAUCCAAACCAAGCUGGGUAUUAAGGCUGGAGAAACCACUCCAGACAAGAUGUUCACUCUGAUAGAAGUGGAAUGCCUGGGCGCCUGCGUGAAUGCCCCAAUGGUUCAGAUAAAUGACAACUAUUAUGAGGACCUCACACCAAAGGAUAUUGAGCAUAUUAUUGAUGAACUGAAGGCAGGACGAGUCCCACCACCUGGGCCUAGGAGUGGCCGUUUCUCUUGUGAGCCAGCAGGUGGAUUGACUUCUCUGACAGAACCUCCUACAGGACCAGGAUUCGGUGUGAGACCAGACCUGUAAAUAUUUCUGUGCCUCUUAUACCUGGUACUAAGAAGGUUGCUGUUAUUGAAAUCAAAACAUAUUGUGUAAAUAAAAUGUUCAUUUACCUGUU